AUGACAAAAAUUUUAUAUUUAAUUAUUUAUUUAACAUUAACAAUUGUAAAAGGUGCUCCACUAUAUAAUUGUAAAAAAUUAAAUUGUUCAAGUAUGAAUACAAAUUGUAAAGUUUUUGGUUGUUCUCCAAUGUUUGGUUGUUUUGAAACAAGUAAAUGCCCACAAAGUAAUGUUGAUAUUUGUCAUACCAAUCAUUGUGAUGAAAAUACUGGAAGUUGUUAUCAAAUUGCUGAUACUUGUAAUGAUGGAAAUAAUAAUACAAUUGAUAGUUGUGGUCCAUAUGGUUGUGUGAACACACCAGUAAAUCCCCCAGAACCAACUCAAUCAUGUGAACAAAAAUGUAACGAUAAUAAUCCUUGUACAGUUGAUUUUUGUGAUUUCCGUGGAGAUUGUUAUCAUUAUGAAACUCGUUGUUCAGAUUAUGAUGCAUGUACACUUGAUACUUGUGGUGAAAAAGGAUGUGAAUAUAGACCAAUGAAUUGUGAUGAUAAUAACCCUUGUACAGCUGAUUUUUGUUCAAUGUUAUAUGGUUGUUAUCAUGAACCAAUCGAAUGUUCAGUUAAAGUACCAUGUAGGACUGAUUCUCAAUGCAAUAGAAACAAUUUCUGUGAAACUUAUUCUUGUGAUUUAAGUUCAAACAUUUGUGACUAUUAUACCAGAGAUUGUGGUGGUAAUCCAUGUAUUAAUAAUGAAUGUAGAACUGGUACAAUUACAAAUUAA